UCUAGUGAAUUCGAAUGUAUUGUUUGCAGGAUUUUGGACGCUCUUUGCUUCUGGCUUAGGAGUUUUGAUUGCUCCUGUGUUUAUUUGUCAGGGGAGUAUAUCGAUAUAGUUGAAUUUUCUAAUUGCAGUGUUAAUUUUGCGUUCUUCUUCAUAUUUGUUAUUUUCUUCGAGUCGGUCGCGUUCCAAUCGCGUCAUACUUCCUUUAUUGUUUAUUUCCUGUUCCUUUUGUUAUUGUUGUGCAUUCAUUCAAAGAAUGUCUUAUCCGACGUUUUUGAUUGAAAAAAAGGACUUAGAGGGUGGUCUUGUCCACCCGAAGGGUACUCUCCUGUUGAAACUAUCUGGCAAUAACGCCAUGAAAUCUUCUAUUGGGAGCCUUUUAGAGGCUCUCAAGUUGUCAGCUGCUGAAGUAACAGCAUUAUAUAGGUUCGAAAACCCUUAUACAUGGUUUUUGGUACCAACAACUGCGAAAGUAAGAGACAGACUUGUUGGUAAGUCUUUCGGUAGUGAGACUUCCUUCAAGGUUGAGAUCUUCCCAAUAGAGGAAGAAAGGGUGAAAAUUACCCUACAUUGGGUAUCGCCUUCAAUUGCGAAAACCAAGAUCGUUGAAAUCAUAGAAACAUUUGCAGAGCAAGGAUCCAAGGUGGAGGUGACGAAAAUAGGUGCUUCGGACAAGUGGGUUUCCUUCAUCAAAGCAAAAAAAGAUGCACCCAUCCCACACUACAUCCAGCUACGGUAUGAAGGGGACCCAAAAAUUUAUAAAGUUCUAGUCACCAUACCAGGUCGUAGGCAACAAUGCUUACAUUGUGGACUGGACCAGCAUUGGUCAAAUCAGUGCCCCACCCGGAAGGCCGGCCCGGCUCGAACUGUGCCUCCCAAGGAGAAACCAGGCCCUCUGAGCUAUGCACAGGCGGUCAAAGAAGGUAAUCCCAAGGAGAAGGAAAUCGAAAAAUGGUUGCAGAAGGAUGGCUUCACGAUAGUAGAGAAGGGAAAAAAAGGAGUCUUCAAAGUGUCGCCAAAGAAGAUAUCUAAAGUGUCGGAUGUCGCGGCUUCAUCUAUGAUGGCGGAUGCAGCUACUUCAUCGGUUGUUGCCAGUACACCAGAGAUAGCUGUUGAUGCGGAGGUUGAAACCCCCCAGAGUGUCGAAGACUUCAAACUAAAAAAGCGGUUCCGCUCUAAAGAGCAUGUUAGGUCCGCUCCUGGGUCUCCGACAAAAUUGAAAAGGAAGAGAUGCUUAUCUGUCUCCUCGUGUGAGGAUCUUUUCGCGAGCCCGCGUAUUAUAAGAGAAGUUGUAAGCCCUCCUAACACGAGUCUUGAUGUUAGUGCAUUGGACAUUCCUGAGACUCCACCCACAUUGGUUAUAGAUGAGGGGGGAACACCCAUAAUUAACACAGCAUUAAGCAUACUUAGACCUAUGGUGAGAAAGCAUCAAGACUGGUUAGAUGAAAACAGUACUGAGAUCAGAAAAUUAUUAGAUGAAAAGCACAAGCUCCAUAAAUUGUAUCUGAACAACACAAACCCCCAGUCCAGUAAAGACGCAUUCACUAACAUCCGCAAAAAUGUGCAAAAACACUCGCUAGCGGAAAAGCCCCAGGAGCUGACUUCAUUCCUGCAGAGGUCUACAAAAAGGUGGACCUAG